CCACAUUUUGAUCGAAGAUAUAUAUGUAUUUCAAAUGAGCGCUGUCUUCACAAGUUUAGAAUAAUGUUUUAGAAACUGGUUAAGGAUUACUCAAUAUUCUAAAAGUAAGCAGAAAGCAGUAGGCAGUCGCCAUGGCAACAGAAAAGACACAAAAUGGUAAAAGUGGUGCCUCUGACACGGACAAGGGAGCAAAUCGUACUUUGUACGUGGUCUUCCUGUCCCUGGUGAUUGACCUGUUGGGCUUCACACUGAUUCUCCCCCUCCUACCAUCCAUACUGGACUACUACGGCACCAAUGAAAAGGACACUUUAUACAAGAUGAUCAAGGAUUCAGUGACAGGGUUUCGGGAGCUGGUAGGGGCCCCAGACACACCCAGGUGGAACUCUGUGCUGUUUGGAGGUGUUAUUGGGUCCCUUUUCUCCAUGUUGCAGUUUUUAGCUUCACCCAUCAUGGGUGCAGCCUCAGACGUCUAUGGCAGAAAACCUAUUCUUGUUGUCUCCAUGAUAGGUGUGGCAGCAUCUUACGCCCUGUGGGCAGUCUCCCACAACUUCACUCUCUUUGUCAUUGCUCGCAUCAUUGGGGGGCUCAGUAAGGGAAAUGUCAGUAUAUCUACAGCAGUCAUAGCUGACAUAUUCCCUCCAGAAAAAAGAGGGAAAGGCAUGGCCUUUGUGGGCGUGGCCUUCUCAGUUGGAUUUGUUUUUGGACCAAUCAUUGGAGCCGUUUUUUCCAGAUUUGCCCGCGAACAACAGGAAGUCUUCUACACAGCUCCUGCCCUUUUUGCACUUGCUUUAGCAGUAAUAGAUGUCAUUUUUGUUUUAAUGUUUUUCAAAGAAACACUGCCUCAACAUAGAAGGGCCAAGUCCAUUUCCUCUGGAUGGCAGAACACAUCACAUCUCAUUAACCCAGUGUCUCUAUUUAGAUUCUCCCCAGUGACAAAUACUAAUGCUCAAGAUGUGUCUGCCAUGCAGAAGAUAGGUGCUGUAUAUUUUCUGUACCUCCUGAUGUACUCAGGGCUUGAGUUUACGCUCACUUUCCUCACUCACAACAGACUCAACUAUGACAGUAUGCAGCAAGGAAAGAUGUUUUUCUUCCUGGGGACCAUUAUGGCUUUAGUACAGGGUGGUUAUGUUAGAAGGAUACCUGCAGGAAAAGAAGUUAAGAUAGCCACACUGGGAAUGACUAUGCUUAUCCCGGCCUUUGUGUGUAUGGCCUUUGCCUACAGUGCUAGCAUGAUGUACAUAGGGCUGACAUUAUUUGCCUUUGCUUCAGCCACAGUUGUUCCUUGUCUGACCACAUUGAUCUCAGGAUUUGGAGGCACGGAUCAGAAAGGGGUGGUGAUGGGGGUGUUUAGAUCUCUAGGGGCUCUAGCCAGAGCUUUUGGUCCUGUCUUAUCCAGUAUAGUGUACUGGAGCUGUGGAGACAAGGUCUGCUACAUAUCAGGGGCUGUUCUACUUAUCAUUCCUUAUAUCAUGCUCAGAAAGAUAAAAGGGUCCUCCCACACAGCAUAACAAGCUCUCUGAUUGGUCACUACCUCCAUGUCUUAUAGGUUACAGCGUCUGUGAUUGGUCAGUAUAAGCAAAGAGAGAUCUCAAGCUUUACUACUGCUCCAUAUCUUAUUAUUAUUGUAGCUUUGCUGCCUUCUAACUUUGAAUACACAGUUAUAAUAAAACUUUCAUGAGACAGUACAUAUAAUAAUUUUGUCAGUUGUUGACCUCUGCUAAAAUACUUUUGUGGGGUUGACCAUUGUGUUUUCAGCCAUGAUUUAAUCUGCAUGUGCACUGUAGAACAUGAUUAUUUAAUCAAAGGUUUGAAUAAAAUUUUAUAGGAAGGUAGCUUUUAGGCUUGGAAAAACUUACUAGAUUUUAGAUGUACAGACCAAUAUAUGUACAGACUGAUAUCUUGGAUUUUAAAACAAAAUUAACAUUACUUCUGCAUAUAUGCAUGCUUUGAAUAUCUUUAAGUCUCCAAAAAGUUUAUUACUCUGUAAACAUGGUAAUGUGUUCAUUUAAACAAACUGCUCAGUUUAAUUCAUCUUUCACUCAGAUAAUCAUAACAAAGUGAUUUUAUGGGCAUAUCAUAAAUCAUACAAAUGUACAUUUGGUACUUUAAUCAAACUUUAAUUUGCAAUAUCUUUCAUUCCUGAAUUGUGGAUGAAAAGUGUUGUUCAGUUUUUUAAAAUAUCAAUAAUCCCAUUUUGACUAGUUGAAGAAGAUAUUAAAUAUUUGUUAUACCAUGAUUAAAUCAGUUGUGAAUCUUACAUUUAAUUAAACAUGUAUUUUUUUUCGGACAAAGACAAAAGUUGAUUGAUUUUCAACUAUGAUAUCUUUUUUAUUAAAAAGGUGCAGCUUUGAAGCAGUUGAUUAUAUUUAUGUCAUUGAGUAUUUGUAGAGCAUAUCAUUACUGCUGGAGCUGUAGUGAGAUUAUCAUAUCUAGACCAUGACAAAAAGAUCCUUUUUUACAUGUGCCAUUACAUUUUCAUGCAGAAUGCAAUGUAUAUUAAUUACUUAUAAAUCUAAUUUAUACAGUACUUGUAACAAAGUAUCAGUGAGGUGUUUGGAGGUUGGUUUUUUUGUUUACUUAUUAUAUAUUCUGGUUUUAUUAGUUGACAGUAGGUAUAAGUGAGCAGUGUUUGCAGGUUCAAAUACAUUUUUGCUAGAGUUAUUUUUUUUAUGCAAUAUUUUGAAAUAAUAUACCAUUCGGUAGACUUGCAUGUAAAGAAUUUUCCCUAUGUCUUCCAAUGUAUCCUUUUUUUAUGGAGUACAGUUGUCUGCUCUUGAUAAUUUAAAUAGCGUCAUUGUUUAAAAUUAAGUAUUCCCAUUCUGACUCAAUUAUUUUGAUGCAGUUUGUUAAAAUCACUUCAUAUAAUUUAUUUUUCACAAUUUUUUUUCCUUUUUUUUUUGAAAAAAAAGUUUAGAAAAAUGGCAAAAAAUCUUGAGUCAAGGCAUUUUUUUAAGACAUUGACUAUGGGGAAAGCAACAGAAUUUUUGUAAGGGUAGGUAAUUAUUACAAAUAUUUCAUAAAUAAAAAUCUUUUUUCAAUACAGUGUGAUAUUAAGGAUACAAUAAUUCCCUUGCAUGUAAAUGUUCAUAUAAAUGUUGCAUUGACUAUCGGUACUAGUGAAAGAUACAGUGAAAUCACUUAUUUUCAUGAAGAUUUAAUUUUCAUUAUUUAAAUGGUGUGAAGAGACCCAUGAAUUCAUGUCCUCCACUAAAUGUACAAUUUUAAAGAUCUUAAUUACUCAGCAUUUCUUCAACCAUGAAAUCAAGUCCAAUCAAAACAAUCAUUUUUCCUCAAACCACGAAAAUUUGCCCCCCCCCCCCCCCCCCCCCCCCCCGAAAAUAUUGUGAUUUUACAGUAUGGUGUAGUUUUUAGGUAAGGAGUUGUUAUAAUUUUAUAAAUGCAUUAUAAUUGUUUGAUUCGCAUUGUUGAUAUUUCUUGUUUCUAUUAAAGGUGCUAAGAAAAUAUGAAAUAAUUAAGAUGUUAAGUACAAAUGUGUGCUAGUUAAUGAUAUGUUACAAAAAAAUGAGAAAACAUUUUCAUAGUUUUUUUUUUCAUUUUGUGUAUAAUUGUUGAGGAUACACGUUAAAAUUUAAUUUAAAUUCAUUAAUUGUUGACAAGUGGUUAGCUUUGUAUUAAAUGCUCCAUAGUAUCAGAACCAGUUUUUUUAUUAUAAUGAUAU